AUUCAGAGCGGUCUCCCGGGAAGGAGUUUCUGUGAGCUUGUGUAUACCAGGAUGGUGCAGGCCAAGAGCUGGACCCUGAAGAAGCACUUCGAAGGCUUCCCUACGGACGGUAACUUCGAGUUGAAGACGACUGAGCUCCCACCCUUAAAUAAUGGAGAGGUCCUGCUGGAAGCCCUGUUCCUCUCUGUGGAUCCUUACAUGAGAGUUGCAGCCAAAAAACUGAAGGAGGGCGACAGGAUGAUGGGCGAGCAAGUGGCCAGAGUCGUGGAAAGUAAAAACUCAGCCUUCCCAAAAGGAACGAUUGUAGCGGCUUUAUUAGGUUGGACAUCACAUUCCAUUUCUGAUGGGAAUGGACUGACAAAGCUGCCUGUAGAGUGGCCGGACAAGUUGCCACUGUCUUUGGCACUGGGGACAGUUGGCAUGCCAGGCCUCACUGCCUACUUUGGCCUGCUUGACAUCUGUGGCGUGAAGGGUGGAGAAACCGUGAUGGUCAGCGCAGCAGCAGGAGCAGUGGGCUCUGUUGUGGGGCAGAUAGCUAAGCUCAAGGGCUGCAAAGUUGUUGGUACAGCAGGGUCUGAUGAAAAGGUUGCCUAUCUUAAGAAGCUUGGAUUCGACGUGGCCUUUAACUACAAGACAGUAAAGUCACUGGAGGAAGCUUUGAGGACAGCCUCUCCCGAUGGUUAUGAUUGCUAUUUUGAUAAUGUAGGUGGAGAGUUUUCAAACGCUGUUAUACUCCAGAUGAAGACAUUUGGAAGGAUUGCCAUCUGUGGUGCCAUCUCUCAAUACAACCGUACUGGACCAUGUCCCCAGGGCCCAGCCCCAGAGGUGGUUAUCUAUCAGCAACUCCGCAUGGAGGGGUUCAUCGUGAAUCGGUGGCAAGGAGAAGUCCGCCAGAAGGCUCUGACAGAGUUAAUGAAUUGGGUCUCAGAGGGUAAAGUCCAGUGUCAUGAAUACGUCACUGAAGGAUUUGAGAAAAUGCCCGCAGCAUUUAUGGGAAUGUUGAAAGGAGAAAAUCUGGGGAAGACCAUAGUGAAAGCAUGAAAAUAAAAAUGGCCCACGGAUCGUCCCUGGAGGGUUAGCUUUUUACCAUUCAGUGCAAGUGUAUACUGUCCUAUGUAAGAUGUAACAGCAAUGCGUUUGACCUAGCUAAUAAAACAUGUGUGUUUUUUUUUCCCCAUCUGUGAUAGAGAAUGAAAUCAUGACAACCAAUGAGCAGGCAUGUUUCUGCCUACCUCAGCUCCUCCUGGGUGACCGUGACAAAUACUGCCUUUGGUGUCUGUUCUGAUUUUAUUUCUGUUGUAAUGAAAGCAAUUUAGAGGAGGAAAGGGUUUUCUUGACUUACACUUUCAGGUCACAGGUGUCACCAAGAGAAAUGAGGGCAGGAACUUGAAGGAAGGCCUGCUUUGUAUUCUGUUAACAUUUUCUCUAACCUGGGAACUCAGUAACCAAGGACAUACAGCAGAAACCACGGUGGAGGACGGUCUGCCAGCUAGCUCGUGCAGGCUGGUGUUCAGCUAAUGUUCUCAUAUACAUAGAGGAAAUGGUAACCCACUCUAUGAGGAUGGCUAAGCCCACUGUGGGAGGUAGCAUUUCCUGGGUGCAGUCACCUGCCACAGGGGUCUUAGCCUCCUCCACUGUCACAGGCCAGCCCGACCGAUGCGGGUCUUCAGUUAAGGCUCACCACUCAGGUGAUUUGUGAGACAUGCCAAGGCAGAGGUUAAAUCUAACUAAGACAGUGAACUUGGUGUAAUGUGAAGGCAAAAGAUUUCUCUUCCAACUGUUUAUAGAUACUAGGGGGGGGGAGCCACAUUGCUGAUCUAUGCAGUUCUCAGGGCCAGCCCGCACUGGUGUGCUGUGUAGUGACGCUAACAGAUCAAGGGAGGAAUCUGUCACUUACCACAGCUGGGACUGAGGAGUGUUAGGGGAAGAGACAAACUGUUCUGUACACUGGUACCUUCUGAGUCCUGAACAUUCUGGAAACAUUUUGCUGACAAAUACAGUAAAAAACUAAUACUCUACAGGCCGGUCAGAGCUGUUACAUAGAGAAGCCCUGUCUCGCUCUCCCCCCGCCACUGAAAAUUAAACCUUUUAAAGCUUUGGGUCC